CGGGAUCUGGCGCGAGAUAGGUUAGAACAUGAGAUCGAGAAAAAGGAGAAAGUCUUCGCCUCGAGUCAAAAUUGAAAAGAGUGACGAUUUAUGUAAAUAUCCCGAUAACGAACCGUCGAAACUGCCGUUUGCAGUUGGGGAUGAAGUUUUAGCUUGCUGGCAAGAUGGUCUGUUCUAUUUAGCUGUUGUUAAAACGAUUAAUACAGAAAAAUCAAAAUGUCAAGUUACUUAUGAAGAUGAUUCAGUUUAUUGGGUUUUGUUCAAGCACAUUAGAACAGUUGCAAAGAGCAAAGAUACGUUUACAUGUUCUAUAUGUGAAACAAAUGAAUCUACUGAUCAAAAUUGCAUUGUUCUAUGUGACAACUGUUUUCAUGGAUAUCACCAAACAUGCCAUACACCAGUCAUUGAUAAGCAAAGUGUGGAAUCAGAAUGGCUAUGCAGAUUCUGUGUAUUUUCUAAAGCUGUCAAGGCUGGUGGUGCUUUAAAGUGUGGAGUUUAUGCUGAUGCUUUACUUGCCAUGAAAUCUAUCUUACCAUAUAAUUUGAAUACUUUACAAUGGGAUGCUCAUCAUAAAUGUAAUACUGAUGAAGUAUAUUGCUAUUGUGCAGGUCCAGGAUUGUGGUAUUACAAGAUGUUGGAAUGCCAGAAGUGUAACCAGUGGUUCCAUGAAGCAUGCCUACAGUGCCUGGACUUUCCUCUUUUAUUGGGUGAUAGGUUUUAUUAUUUUUUGUGUGCUGUAUGUAAUAAUGGUGAAGAAUAUCUUAAACGUAUUCAACUAAAAUGGACUGAUAUUGCUGCAUUGGUAUUAUAUAAUCUUUCCUUGAAGUACCACAAAAGAGGCUUCAAAAACAACGACGUUGAAUGCUUUUUACGUGACAACUGGGAUGCAUUGCAAUGUGGCAAUUUGUAUUACACCCCAGAAAGAGAACGAAUGGAAAAACUCGUUGAAGUUAUGAAAAAACAGAAACGCAAAUUUCGUUGUCAAAGCGGUGGCAGUGGUAUUGUGACUUGGUCAUUAUUUAUUCGUUGUGCUCCCUUCCCAACGAAAGCGAGUUUACUUCAUGAAGCAAAGUUGAGGGAGGACGAGAGUGGUGGAACGACUUCGGAGGUCCCUGAUUGUAACGGAAAUUAUUUACAAGACGACGACGAUAUUGAAGACAAUUCAUCAACGUCGAAUGAGAUGAAUCAUGGAAGUGAGAUUGGCACAUCAGAGUCCUCGACUAGUGAACAAGUUCCUCUCUUUCCAUCUCUCUCCAUGUUUAAAUACUUAAUGCCGGAGUGCAGUUCUCGGGCGAGCGAAAGCCCGGAUGCCUUAUCGGUCUGUGAGCGUUACUCCGACCUUUGUCAAAUGCCUGGUGAUAAACGGCCGCGAUCACGUGACUCAGCGGAUUCAUCAUCUCUGAAUGAACCAAUAGAAAAACGUUUUGUAAAUUACGUUGAGCGUCUAUCCAAUGGUGUAACGUCGUACGCGGGAACCAAUGGUCGGCUGGCUUGUGGCGAGAAUUGUAAGCUACUUGGUCGAAGAUUUGCAAGAAACGGCCGGAUCGAAUAUCUAGUUCAAUGGAGUGGUGUUACACCUGACAGUUUUUGACAAAUUGUGGUUAAAUUUUCAGGCGAAAUUGGAACUGUCUUGGAAUUAAAUUUACGGUUGUAAAACGGCAUACAAUGAAAUUUGAGUUAAAGCGAGAUAAAUUUUAAUCGACUUUUGUUUACAGGCUAAAACAUGUUUCUGCUAUGGUGAUAAUAGUAUAUAUUGCAUGUAUGUUGAAGUUGGAACAUAAACUACUAAUUGUUAAUUAGAAAAGGUUUUAUUUUGUCGUGAACGGUGAACUGGCAUAUUUUAUCAAAUGUCCGCAAUUAUAAAUAUUAAGAUUAAAUAUUAAGAUUAUUUAAGUUUAUUUCAGAAAGAUAACUGCUAAAAAUAUCUGCAAACAUAAUUUGUACCCUGAUUGUUUUGUUAUUAUUACUGUAUUAGUACAAUUCUUAGGGACUACAGAGUCUGUUUAAAAGUGGUGGACCAAGAAAAAUUUAUUUAAUGAUUUUUUGUAUGAGAAAAAGGGGGACGUUCACCUUCGAUCCCCCUGCAAUUAAAAUUGUAGUUUAAUUAUUUUCAAAAUUUCAAAAAAAUCGGUAACGCGGGACCAAAGGAAAAAUUGUGAUUUUCGUCAAUUUUUUGAAAUUUAAAAAUUCGGUUCCAAAUGCCUCGAAAUGGUUGAAAACUAAGCAGAAUUGCGUUCUUUGAUGAAAACAGUACAUUUGAAC